CUGUAGAGCCUUCAGAAUACAUACCAAAGGACGAGUUCCCUCUACCGUGGUUGAGAGAUGCCCCUGCUUUACGUAUAGGCAGUAAUGUUUUGUGUAUCUUGGAGAAAACAUCAGAGAGAAAAUCCAAGACUGGUACACGCGAAGAUACAACCUCUGCAAUUCGAAUCGCUAACCAUAUAUACAGCGAUCAUAUUCAUGAGAGACGAUGACCUGUUAAAAUUGCCACCGCGAAACUCUCUCGGCGCCACGAUGUUUUCGUCUAAGAGGCCGUCACAAGUGCGGGAGAGACCCAAUCGGGAUUCUUAUCAUCAUCCCCGUUAUUAUCGUAAAUCGCUUGUUGAGCGAUAUAUCACUGAAGUGACCGAGUCGAACAACCAAUAUGGACCCGGUAACUUCCUUUAUGUUUGUCUAGCUGCCUUGCUAGAGCUUCAUCUCUCUACUGCGCCCACGAGUGUCUUUCAAUUAAGAUCUUUCGAUGGACACCAGGGAUUGAUGCGUAGGUACCACAACAACAGUCUCCGAGGCACGGCCAAUGAACCCCUUCCUGUUAGUGACUAUCCAGAUAUGGGGUGGAGCCGUUUAAGAAUGGAGCUCGACCAUCAGCGUCAUACAUUGCGGUGGAUGACUCGCUUCUUCAAGAGACACUUCGAUUAUAGGAACAAAGAUCUUCAAGCAGCAUUUAAAGAGAUUAGGGAACGCUUCAAGCUUCGAGUACAAGAUCUCGAACAAGUUGAAUUACAACUCAGAGAUCAACUAGCGAAUAAAGGUAUAGAUAAGAGUAUUGGCAUGGCAGAGAUGAGCAUCCGCGAGAGUAAAAGAGUCUUGCUAUGUGUGUUACCAGGACUACCUUUCUUAUUGCUUCUGCUGACUGGAUCAAAGUGACGGCCUUAGCAUUCAUUUUCCUACCAAUCUCGCUCGCUUCUUCGGUGUAUGGAAUGAACGUGCAGCAGAUAAACGGUACCGGUCAUUCGAUCAGAGCCUUUGUAAUC